AUGAAUACUCUGAUACUGUGUGUGUGCUUCCUCCCUGCUGCCCUAGCAGCUGUGGAUCUCUCUUCCUACCCUCUCUCUCAAGAGCUAAGAGAUGGGUACACUUUGCACUGGAGUUUUAAUGUUGAGGAGCAGAGCAUAAGGUUUGCAGUGAAUGUGAGCACCACUGGAUGGGUUGGACUGGGACUGUCUCCCACUGGAGGAAUGCCUAACUCUGACAUUGUCAUUGGAUGGGUCAACGAUCAAGGAAACAUUUUUUUUCAUGAUCGCUUUGCUACUGCACCAAGCCUUCCGACAGUAGAUGUCAGUCAAGACUGGAUCUUAGAGGAUGGAACAGAACAAGAUGGAUUCACUGUCAUUGCCUUUAGAAGAAACUGGGUCACUUGUGAUCAACAAGACAGGGAUGUAAAGGUGGAGACAGUUCGUGUGAUCUUCAGCUGGAAUGAUGCAGACCCUGUUGGUGAUGAUCCCGAUCAAGUGAUGUACCAUGGCAACCAAAACCGAGGAUCCUUCAGCCUUAACCUUCUCGGAAUAGAGCAAGAAAUUCCACCGGAGCCAGCUGAUGUGCAAGUACUCACUACCACCGUCACUAAUAUUAACGUGCCGACUGAAGUCACAACAUACUGGUGUGCUGUAUUUGAGCUUCCUAGUGAGAUCCAGGCAGAAACACGUUACAUUACUAAGAUUUCUCCAACAAUUUCUAAAGGCAAUGAGGCUAAUGUGCAUCACAUUGUAGUGUACGAAUGUGACACUCUCAACAAUACUCAUGUGGGAGAGAGUGGUGCUUGUAGAGGGGAAGUAAGUGAUGCUGUGUCAGAAUGCACAGGAGGAUUAGUGCUUGCAGCGUGGGCUAUAGGAGGAGCUGACUUCUAUUAUCCUGCUAAUGUUGGCUAUCCUAUUGGUGGAGGAGGACCUCGAUUCAUUGUUAUGGAAACACACUAUGAUAACCCUGAAAUGAGAUCAGACAUAAAUGACAGCUCUGGAAUAGCAUUUUCAUACACUGCUACAAUUCCUGUUUACGAGGCUGGUAUUCUUACCGUUGGUCACCUAACAAGCUCAGGACAUAUUAUUCCUCCGGGAGCUGCAGAGUUUAAUUCCUUUGGAGACUGUGCUGCUGAAUGCACUAAUAAUUAUUUUCCGUCUAAUGGCAUUACAGUCUUCAGUAACUUUCUUCACACUCAUCUUGCUGGUUAUGGAGUAACAUUACGUCACUAUCGACCAACUUCAGAAGAUAGCACUUGCAGUGCAUUUGAAGAAUUAGCACCAAUUGAAGAGAACCCUUCGUACGACUUCAACUAUCAACAGUAUACUGUCCUUUCAAAUCCUAUCACAGUCCUACCUGGAGAUACUCUUCGAGUGGAGUGUAACUACAGAACAGAAAACAGAAAUGAGACGACGUUUGGUGGACCCUCUACCCAAGAUGAGAUGUGUCUUUCAUUUAUCGCCUAUUAUCCUCGUGUAAACCUGACUGGAUGUUUUAGUACUCCCAAUUUUUUCUCCCCCCUGUAUCUAAGAAAUUUCUUCAGUGGUAACCAUGUUUCACAAGAAUUUCUAACCGAAUUAGCACAAGCUCAAACCUUUAGUGCAAGGAGAGCAGCUUGGAAUAAAGUGAAUUGGACACCUGAGGCUAUCGAUACAUUUGAAAACAACUUAAUAAGCGGCCCCAUUUUAGAUAUUUGCCUGCCACCUGACGUGAACCUCGCAAACUUUUUCAGAACAGCUCCUACUUUCUUCAAAAAUGAGCUCCAGCAACCCAACUGUACCUACCAAGCAGCUGACCAGUGCACUGGUUCAGUUGAGCCAAUGGACUGUUGCUCUCGUCUAGGACAGGGUGCUGGUGAAAUAAUCUCCGGCAGUUUGGUGCUUGUCACCCUCUGUUUGGCUGCUGUUUUCUCCAUGCUGUGAAGUAAAUGACAUUCUGAACUUGAAACAAUUUAUUGUUUAGCAUCGAGUGUAGUUUAGUUCUCGGUUUACUGUAUUUGAGCUGUAUUGUAUUAAUCAAAGUGAA